CAAUCGAAAGCGGUGUUGUGUUGCCACGGCCGGUUGAAGACGGUCGGACAACAUAAGGACAAGUUGUUCCACCUGCGCGAUGUUGUAGCUGAAAACGAGCGAUUCUUUAUUUAAAUUCCCGACGAUGUGGUUCGUCAGGAGAUUUUUGUCGUCGGUCGUUCACAGAAGUCAGUAUACAGGACAGUCCGGGUUAUUCCGCCGCCCUCAGCACUGCCCCCCCUCUGAGCUGGAGCUGCGGUAUCUCCAGUGCACAUGUUGCUGGCGGAGCCGGGUUCCUGUGGCGGGCUUCGAGACCCUGGAGUCCUCCUUCAUCUCCUCCUCUGCGCCCUGCACAGAGGAGAGCGGUCCGCUGGAUGCGUGCUACACCGCCGAGCAACGACAGUUAAUCCUCCAGCUGCUCAACACCGCCACACAGUCGGAGCUGUCCGUCGUGAAGCUGCUGAGAAAACACGGGUCGCGCAACAUUGUGGAGUACAGAGACAAAAAUGGCCCCUUUAAAACUCUAGAAAGUGUGGUGAACGUACCGCGGCUGAAGCACAAAAGUGCUGUCACCGUCUUCAACUUCAUUCUCAACCCGGUUAAGAGAGAGAAGAAGAUGAAAGUUAGAUUGAAGUUGGCCAAGUUUAUCAGGCCGGAGAUUGAUAAGUCCUGGUUGGAGCAUGCAGGUUCCAUUGUGUCAGUAGUAUGUGGGAUCAAUAAAAUUGCCUGGACUCAUGUUGACUGUAGCAUGACACUUCUGGCUUGGGAACAAAAGGAUUGUCCACAUUUCAUGAAGGGAACCUACUUGGCCACUGCUUACUUGCAAGAUGUGUCUAAAGUUGUGGCUCGCCUCCCAUCCGCUGAUUUCUACAUAAUAGAGAAAACGUCCCUCUCACACCAGAAUACGACACUGUUCCCUAUCAUGGUUCACUUGAGGACUGUGGAGGCCAUGCUGUUCGCUCUACUUGAGCCAAGAAACACCGAGACACCCAACACACCUCCCAGAGUCUUGAAUAUGAUGCGUACUGCUGUGGGUCAGCACUUUGGACUCAUGGUGGGCGAGUCGCGGGUCAGUGGGGCAGAGGUUGUCCAACGGUUGAUGACUGAGUCGGUUACACAUAAGAGUCCCAGGCUAAGCCUCCCCCAAGAACUGUUGCUGAAGUACAGGAAUUCCUUCCAAAUGGGGAGCAACAAUGGAGGGGAGGAACUCUGCGGCGCCCUGCUUCAGGCUGUGGCUUUUUACGAAUUGCUUCGCAAAUGUUCCGAAUAGCCACCACUAUGCUCUUCAUCCACUAAAACAAAUCUCCCAUGUCAGUACCCGAACAAGUGUUUCACAAACAUAAUCUACAAAAAUAUUUUUUUAUUUACAUUUUACUGUUGCACGUAAAUAAAAACGGACUUAGAGAAAGAAUAUUCAGAUAAAAUGAAUGCACAGUAAAAUAAAUACUGACUGCUCUAAAGUGAGGUAGUGAGAAUGUGAGGUUUUAGUCUUCUGCCAGGAGUUGAAUGGUUGACUUUGAGAGGCCCAGGUGUGUGCUGCUGAGGUAGUUCAGGCACCUAAUGUGGGUGAUAAAUCAUUAGAAUUUAGUUUGCAGGUAUUAUAGGAUUAUUUUGAUGUACAAAAUUACAAAAGUCAAAAUGGGGUUGAAUACUUUGAACUAACAUUAUUUCGUUUGACUUAACUGAUGAUAUUAUUUGGGUCAGAUCUAACAAAAACUAAUGGUAAUUUAGUAAGGAAGCUGUGUGGUUUAGGAUACAACUCAAAUCAUCUGCCUUUUGCUGUCACACACCAGGUUUGUUAUGAUGGAGUUAAACUGGAUUUAAUUCAUUAAAAAACAGUGCUGUGAUUCACUAUUCCAGGUGACAGUCUGCCUCUUGAAGUGAAAGCGAAUGGGUCGGGCUCACCUGACUGGCUCCUCUUUCUGCCGCUGUUCUCUCUGAAAGCGGCAGAUGUAGCGGAGGACCGGCAUGUAGUCGACACUGACAGCUUCUCUGUUCCCCAGCAGGCUGAAGGAUUUACUGCCAAGCACCGACCUGCUCAGCUCGUACCUCCUUUGAGACACACUGGAGGGGACGGGCAAGAGUAUGAUAUUGUGAAAAAAUGACAUUUUUGUUUUCUGCUUUAUGAUGAUGUGCAUAAUGACACUGGCCUUGAGUGCCAGUUUCCACAUGACAGAAAAGUGAGAUAAGCAAUAAGGUUUUUUGGCAAAUGAAUGCAUUGAUGGAAAAUAUAUUUUUUUUAUAUAUAUACUUCUGUUUUAUUAAAAUUAUAACAGGUCUCAUUUCUUAGAAA